CGGCGUACGUAAAGCUCUCUUGUGCUUUUUUUGUUAAUGGCGGGCGGCGAUUGCUGAGCGGGACGCGGAUAACCUCUGCCCGAACGGGGAAAGUCUCCCCUGCCCUCGGCUUUCUGCUCGCUUCCAGGGCCAUAGCUCGCCAGCAUGUCUGUGGUACCGCCCAAUCGCUCGCAGACCGGCUGGCCGCGAGGAGUCAACCAGUUCGGCAACAAGUACAUCCAGCAGACUAAGCCCCUCACCUUGGAGCGCACCAUCAACCUGUACCCUCUUACCAACUACACUUUUGGUACAAAAGAGCCCCUCUAUGAAAAAGACAGCUCUGUUGCAGCCAGAUUUCAGCGCAUGAGGGAGGAAUUUGAUAAAAUUGGAAUGAGGAGGACUGUAGAAGGGGUUCUGAUUGUACAUGAACACCGGCUUCCCCAUGUGUUACUACUACAGCUGGGAACAACCUUCUUCAAAUUACCUGGUGGUGAACUUAACCCAGGAGAAGAUGAAGUUGAAGGACUAAAGCGCUUAAUGACAGAGAUACUGGGUCGCCAGGAUGGAGUCCUGCAAGACUGGGUCAUCGAUGACUGCAUUGGUAACUGGUGGAGGCCAAAUUUUGAGCCUCCUCAGUAUCCAUAUAUUCCUGCACAUAUUACAAAGCCGAAGGAGCAUAAGAAGUUGUUUCUGGUCCAGCUUCAAGAGAAAGCUUUGUUUGCUGUCCCUAAGAAUUACAAGCUGGUGGCUGCACCGUUGUUUGAGUUGUAUGACAAUGCUCCAGGAUAUGGACCCAUCAUUUCCAGUCUUCCUCAGCUGUUGAGCAGGUUCAAUUUUAUAUACAACUGAAUUCCUGCGCAGAGGAGAAGUAAAAGAAGCCGUCUCUGUGAGCACAGCUAUUAACUGUAGAAGAAUAAACGUGAUAGAAAAGUCUUUUUUUUUUUUUUUUUUUUUUUUUAAUCUUUUUCUCAAUGCCUAAAUUUCUCCUAUUGUUUGAAUGAUAAAGUUAAUAUGAAGACCUAGGUAAUGAUGCAGACAAAUGUGAUGUUUACUUUUGGUUCUACUCAUACUUUUUUGUACAACAUUAAAAAAGUGAACUUCUAUUUGUAUUUUGUUUUUUAAUUUCACAUUAAAUUUUGGAAAACCUUA